GCCCUGUAACCUACUGCUCUGUAUCCAGCAUCCCGUCUCACCAUGGACAUCACUAUCCAGCAUCCCUGGUUCAAACGCGCUCUGGGCCCCUUCUAUCCCAACCGUCUCUUCGACCAGAUCUUUGGGGAGGGCAUGUUCGACUACGACAUGUACCCAUUCUUCUCUUCCACUGUCAGCCCCUACUACAGGCAGAGUCUCUUCCGUGGCUUCAUGGACUCCGGCAUCUCUGAGGUUCGCUCGGACAGAGAGCGUUUUGUCAUUAAUCUGGAUGUCAAACAUUUCUCCCCUGAGGAUCUGAGUGUAAAGCUACUCGAUGACUUUGUGGAGAUCCAUGGAAAACACAGUGAGAGACAGGACGAUCACGGAUACAUCUCUAGGGAAUUUCACCGCCGCUAUCGUCUCCCUCCAAAUGUGGAUCAGUCCUCUAUCAGCUGCUCUCUGACUGCCGAUGGGAUCCUGACCUUCUCUGGCCCCAAACUGCUAUCCAGCCUGGACUCCAGCCACAGCGAGAGACCAAUCCCUGUGUCCCGAGAGGAGAAGACCACCUCAGCCCCCUCUUCCUAAACCCACCUUUCCUUAUUCCCGCAGCAGCCCCAUCCUGUGCUCCCAGCUCUCAGCACAGACACCGGCCCGAAAACUGCAAUAAAA